UUUCGUGCGGGUCGUCCGGUGGUGCAAUUUGUUCGCGAAACAAUCGUCCGAAGGCGACAAAAAUCAGUGUUUCGGUGCAAUCAGUUCAAGUGAAGCACUUUUCGUCCAUUCUGAGGGCUGCAGCUUAGCAGCAGAGAAGCUUUCGAACCUGCGUCUUCUUCUGAAGCUUACAUUCGCUGGCAAUGGCGAUGCUGGAGGGAACACUGUCCAAAUGGACGAACGUCAUGAAAGGAUGGCAGUAUCGGUGGUUCGUUCUGGAUGAGUACGCCGGAUUACUGUCGUAUUACACCUCCAAGGAAAAAAUGAUGAAGGGCGUCCGGCGGGGCUGCGUUCGACUGAAGGGCGCCAUCAUCGGUAUCGAUGACCAGGACGUGAACACAUUCACGAUCACUGUCGAUCACAAGACGUUUCACUUUCAGGCGCGUGAUGCGGACGAGCGCGAAAAGUGGGUACGCCGGCUGGAGGACACGAUUCUGCGCCACGCCAACCGAAGCCGGGCCCUUUGGGACCAGCAGUACAACAACGGCGGCAACAGUGGGGCCUCGAGUGCACUGAGCGGUGGUAUUGGCGGUGGCGGAGUUGGACCGGGGAUGGCCGUUGGUCCCGGUGGGAUGGCGGGUGGCGGUGGAACGCCCGGUUCAAGCGCCCGCCGGUCGGCCAAUCUGGUCCAGUUCGAUCGGAAGGUAACGGAGGCGGACGCUUUCCUGCAGCUGAUGAUUGAGCAAACAACGAAACUGGAGGCAAGACUGGAAACGCUCGGCGACACGGAGGAAGCCGGUCAGCUGAAAACCAUCAACGACCACGUGAAUGCCCUGCUGGACAACAUAAAACAUUCGAUAGUGUUGCUGCAAAUAGCGAAGAACACGGCAAAUCCAAUCAACGGAAUCUACCAAGGUCCCAUAUCGAGCAAGUCGGAGACGGAGACGGAAACGAGCGACUCCGGGCUUGUACCCGUUUUGCUGUCCUCAUCGCUGGCCACCGACAUUGAAGUAGCCGACGAGUGUCGUGAAAGUGUCCGGCGGGCCACCAUUCCACACGCUUCCAUUAGCGUGCCGGAAACGUCCUACUCGAGCUCGGAGGGCGAGGACGACUUUUUCGACGCCAACGAUGACCCGUUCUCGUCUAGUCAAUUAAACACACCGACCAGCAACACGCGCACCCUCUCCGAGCACACUGCCCGUCUGUCGACCGAGGAACACUAUGCGUCGGCGGAGGAUAGCACCGGCAGCAGCGUGGCGGCGUCGCUCAAGAAGCAGGACGUCAGCGCCGGCAGCAGCUCACCGUCCACAUCGCCGAUCGGGGCGGGCGGCGGCGGUGCCAUCGUACCGGGGGUGGCCUCCUCCAGUGUGCUGCCCCGCAAGUCGUACGACUCGCGUGCCCUCCCGAUCCGCACCGAUGGCAGCCUCGACUACGAUGCCUUAUACGAAGACGAGUCCGACAACGACCUGUCGAUGGAGUCGCACGGCUCGGUGGUGACGCACCUGCUGUCACAGGUCAAGAUCGGCAUGGACCUGACGAAGGUCGUGCUGCCGACGUUCAUACUCGAGCGGCGCUCGCUGCUGGAGAUGUACGCCGACUACUUCGCCCAUCCGGACCUGUUUCUGCGGAUAGCGGACCUGAAGGAGCCGCGCGAGCGCAUGAUACAGGUCGUCCGGUGGUACCUGAGCGCGUACCAUGCCGGCCGUAAGAGCUCCGUCGCCAAGAAGCCGUACAAUCCGAUCCUGGGCGAGAUCUUCCAGUGCCACUGGGAUAUUCCGGAGUUCGAGACCAGCGAUGAGUCACAGAAUGACGAGGUAAAAGAAGGACCCAUACCAUGGUGUCGCAAGGACCAACUUACGUUUAUAGCCGAGCAGGUCUCGCACCAUCCUCCCAUAUCAGCGUUCUAUGCUGAGCACUACGAUAAGAAGAUCAGCUUUUCCGCGCACGUGUGGACCAAGUCCAAAUUUCUCGGGCUCUCGAUAGGCGUGCACAACAUCGGCCAGGGCACGGUAACGCUUUGCGAUCUCAACGAAGACUAUAUCGUCACUUUUCCGAACGGCUAUGGACGGUCCAUUCUGACGAUACCCUGGAUCGAGCUCGGUGGCACGAUAACCAUCACCUGCCCGAAGACGGGCUACCGGGCGGACAUUGAUUUCAUCACGAAACCAUUCUACGGUGGCAAAAAGAAUCGAAUACAGGGCGAGAUCUACGGACCGAAUGAUAAAAAGUCUUUCCUAAGCAUUAGCGGCGAAUGGAGCGGCCUAAUGGAGUACAAAUUCAACGACGGUAGUAAACCCUCCAAGUUUGAAACGUUCGUCGAUGUCAACAGCAUACCGAUCUACAAGAAGAAGGUGCGCCCGGUCGCAGAACAGAACGAUAACGAGUCACGGAAGGUGUGGCGUGAGGUGACGGCCGGUUUGAAGAUGAACGACAUCGAAAAGGCAACGAAUGCAAAGUUCCAGGUGGAGCAGAAGCAACGCGAGGAAGCCAAAGAGCGAAAGGAAACGUACGGCGAAUGGGAAACGAAGUACUUCAAGGGUGUAGGGGAGUCGUGGAUCUACACCAAUCCUCUGCUGCAUAGGUUAACGCUGGAGAAACGGGAUAGUAAAAGAUAGCAAUCGAACGAAUAUGAUAACACCACCAACAAUGGUAGCAACACUUAGUAGAUAAGAAUCGUAAGUAUAUAUGAAGAUAUACCGAUAUCUAUAUACACUCAACGCAGACUACUAUUACUACUAUUAUUACUAUUACUAUUACAAACAAAAUCAAUACAUGCAAUGUUCAAUAAUUUAAUGCUACUGAGGUGAAGAUAGGGAUUAGUAGAAACUAGAGAUAAGCAGAAAAGUCUUCGGAAUGAUGAAAGUGUAACAAAAUAUAUUUUCUGUUUUCUUCAUUUAAUUUCUCAUAUUGCUGCCAGUUUAAACGUUAUCCUAGAGAUAAGGGUAAAGAAAAGAGACGGUAGAAAACAUAUAUGAGGGGCAAAAGAAACCUUAAACGAUACUAGAACGAACAUUAAUAAACAGUUGCAUCAAACUGUGCGUCCCGUUUCCUGCUGCAAAUAGAAAUCGGAAGCCUCUAAACUCUAACGCUCCUCGAACAAUGGCAUUUUAUGUUAAUUUUAUACUACAGUUAUGGUUUUGCUUUUGUGAUCGGUCGUAUCUCAGCGUAUAAUUUGCCCGUAGCGACUUGUCGGGUUUAUAUUCUCACUAACAUAUACUCGGUACGUAAGAAAAAAUUCAUCUUUGGGGGCGACAGACGAAUGGUCGAAUGAUUGGUUGCAAACGGUGUGUACCACAUUUGAUAGUAUCUCCUUGGUUUUGUUUCUAGAUUCAUUCAAGCACUGCACAUAAGCCCAUCAAUAAUCUCCUUCGUAACAGGAUUUUCAUAAAUCGUUUAAAGUAAUCGGUCGAGGAAAACAAAAAUGCAUGGAAACGGUCGAAAAUGAUGUUGAAGUUCUCAGUUUUAGUCUAAUGUUGUUAUAGCAAAAGAAAAAAAAGUACGAAAAACAAUAAAAAAAAACAAAACAAUGUGAUAUGCACAAAUAACAUAGAGCAAAACUUUAGCAGGAAACAAACAUGAGGUAGCGAAACAAACC